AUGGGAAUGGACAUAUACGGAAACCCUGUCGUCAUUCCCUACAUUAACAAUCGCCUCCGCAAUGAAGCGGCUGCCUUGCAGUUCAUCAGCGAGCACACGACGAUCCCGGUCCCCAAGUUUUUGGGGCUCUGGGAAGAGCACGGCCUGGUGUAUCUCAAGACCGCAAUGGUGAAGGACGCCGUUGAGCUGCAACACGUGGACGAAGCACGCCUACCGACGGCGGUCGAGAAAGUGACGGCCCAGUUGGAGGCGGAGAUCAUCCCGCAGCUUCAACGACUACGCCGAAACUUUAUUGGCAGCGCCAACCCUGAACUACCUGUGGUUGUGCCGCAUUUGCUCUGGAAAUGGAAAGACAAGCGGAUUUGGCCGCGUGUGACCUCUGCAACGGAUGAAUUUGUUUUUAUCCACUCGGACUUGGACCGUCAGAACAUUCUCGUGGACCCCGUCACGUUUCGCAUCGUGUGUAUUCUCGACUGGGAGACGGCGGGCUUUUUCCCCCCAGACUGGGAACUACCGAAGUGGAAACUGGAGGGCCGCAGUCAGGACAAACAUCGCGUGCAGUUGGAGGCUAGGAAGCACCAACGGGCCUUUUUUGGGGAUGAGUUUGUUGACAACAAAUGA